AUAAAAAAAAAAACAUUUUUUGCUAGAAUUAAAAUUGCUUUUAUAAACCACAAAACACAUUACAGAGCUCCCUACCGAUGGAUGCUUCGGAACAGGCUGUUCCCGGUAAAAGUUCAGCUCCGGUUGUCAAAAAGUUUCUUAAACCGAUCAAAACCAAGCUCCGCCUCAAGAAAGAAGACGUCCGCCAGUGUCGUCUCUGUAUGCGAGUUCUUCCUCGAGCGGACACUCAUGACACGAUGGCACCUGGAUCGGAUCUUUGCCGGAAGAUCCUGGACGCCGUAGUGGUGGAAAUAUUCUCCUCCGAUAGAGUAACAUCAGUGUGCAUCAACUGUAUAAUGAUGGUGGAUAUAAUCAACGACUUCCGGAUGACCUGUAGGAAGGCUGAUACGCUGCACGGGACGAAACUGAUGAUGUUGCAUCCCGGCAGCUGGCUGAGCGAUGAGAACAAGUUGAGCCUGGUUUCGUGUCAUCGACUGCUCAAGCGCAAUCGAGCCGAAAUGGAUGCUCUGUUCAGGUGUUCUGGUGUGAAUAACCAGGAGAUCCAUCGGUUGACCAAAGGAAAGGAGAUGGUGCUGGAACCGAUAAGGGAGCCGGUGAUGAAUUUUGAACGAGUUGAUGUGGCGGUUAUUUCGAAAUCGAAUGAAGAGAAAGCGGAAAUGAAGACUGAAGAGAACGUAGACAAUGGCCCGGAAAUGAGUGAACAGUGCGGAACAGAGCAGGAUGCACAACUCGAAGAGGCCCGAAGGAUGACGGCAAAAAAGGAGGCAAAAAUGUACAUGUGUGAGCUUUGCGGAAAAUUGAUGCAGAAAAUGUACAUGGAGGAGCACGAGAAUAUGCAUAUGGGUCAAAAGCCGUACGAAUGUACCGAGGAAAACUGUAACAAAACAUUCGGCUCCAAUGUGGUGAUGAGUAUACACAUUAUCAAUGUUCAUAGGAAGGGACAGCGGUACGAGUGCGAAACGUGCCACAAAUCGAUAAAGGGCCUGGCAUUUUACAAUCAGCAUCUCCAGACUCACCAAGCGACCAACUCACUGAAGGUUCCGUGUAAAGUUUGUGGGAAGACUUUUUACAAGCGCUACCUCAGAGACCACAUGUUCGUCCAUACGGGUGAGACGCCCUACAAGUGUGAGUUUUGUGAUCGAAAGUUCGCUGCCAGGAACAACUUGGCGGUACACAGGAGGAAACAACAUUCAGAUAAACUGGAGAAUCAAGGAUAAUGGCAUGCUGUGUUGUAGCCUUUUAAAAGGUGUGUUGCUAGAACCAUUGGCCGGUUAAUGAUUAACAUGGAACUGGAAUGAUGGGAUUGCUCAUUGUUCAGUAUCGGGUAUUCGAAUGAUAUUACUUAUCGUACUAAAUCGUAAAAAAGAGAGCUUGUUCUCUCA